ACAGGCAAAACCUCGGUCUUUAAACCCUAUAAACCGAGAGAGAGAGAGAGAGUAAUGGCGAGAAAUUCAGUAGGAUUGGUGCGGCAACUGAUUGGUAGCCGUGAUAAGUUGUGCUCAUCUUAUAGUGUUGUUCAUCAGUUUCAUUCCAUUUCCUCAAAUUCCAUUCGAAUGGCAUCUCCUCCUCCUCCUCCGUCUCCACCGAUUACCUCCUCUCCUUUGACACCAAUCUCCAAAGGCUUUCUUCACUUCUCUAACCUGCCUUUUCUGCAACAACACCGCUUCCUCUCUUCUCCCUCAGGUCCUUCAAACAUUGUUACCAUUAAGUCUGAGGAAGGGUUCAAAAGUGCAUUUAAAAAAGUUCAAGAUGGAUCUCUGCCAGCAAUUUUCUAUUUCACUGCAGUGUGGUGUGGGCCUUGCAAAUUAAUAUCUCCAGUCAUUGGAAAGUUGAGUGAGGAGUAUCCCCAUGUAACAACAUAUAAAAUCGACAUUGAUGAGGAAGACCUUGGAAAGACAUUGAGCGAGUUGAAUAUUACAUCUGUGCCAACAUUUCAUUUCUUUCAAAAUGGGAAAAAGGCGGCUGAAGUUAUAGGCGCUGAUGGUGGACUCUUGAAGGGGACGAUGGAAAAACUUUACAAAGUAAAUUCUUGAAGUUAUGUGUUUCUUGCUUAGUUUUCUUUUGUUAAUUUCUAGAAGAUACGUGAUUGCCAUUACGGGUUUCUGCCCAGAUGUUAUCAAUCAUGUGUUGUAGAACGUAGCCUUUACCCCUGAUUUCUUGGUUUAGUAGUAAAUGGAAUGACGUUAUUGUGUUUUGAAUUAUAAUAAUGGAUUUUUGUAUUAUAUUAUUUUUUGAUUUUCA